CUUUUCAAGCUUCACUCCGGUCUGAGCAGUUCGCUUCUCAAUAGCCUUACAGUAUUUCAUAGUAUUAGCUAAUAGCUUAGAGGACGAAAGCAUGAUUCUCCUUACCAUGCUUUUCUUGUGCAUCAUUUCCACGUACUCGGCAUCUGUGAAAGGUCACAAUACUGGACCAAGAAUUAACAAUGACAAGUUAUAUAAAUUUGCCUACUCCACUGAAGUGCUUAUUGACAGAGUUAAAGGGUCACUCCAGGAGAGUGUGGGCUUCCGAAUUUCAUCUGGAGUGGACGUCAACCUAGUAUGGAGAAAUCCCAAUAAUGAUGAUGAUCAGUUGAUCAAAAUAGCGAUAACAGAUGUAACAGUUGAAAAUGUCAAUGAGCGUCCUGCAGAGAAAAACAUUUUUAAUGGAAAAAACACAGAUAGAAUAAUUGGAAAGGAAUAUCUGGCAGCUUUAAAAAGACCUGUAGUUCUCCAAUGGAUCCAUGGAAAGAUUAAAAACUUCUACUCGUAUGAAAGUGAACCCGCUGUUGUUCAGAAUCUCAAGAAAGGUCUAGCAAGCCUGUUUCAGAUACAGAUGAAUUCUGGAGCCGUCAGUGAGACGGAUAUCUCUGGGAAAUGCAAUGUUACUUACCAGGCUCGACCAAAUCAAAUCACUAAAAUUAAAGCCUUGAACACAUGCAAACCGGAACGGACAGGAUUCACCAGCCAUUUUCAGAUUCUAGACAUCAGCAAAAAAUCUACUUCUGCUGCCAUUUAUGUGCUGGAAGACACUUUUUUAAAAAUUGUGCGGGCAGAAGAAAAUCAUGUUUUUAAGACGAAUACUGGGCGAGCAACUGACGCAAAAGUCAUUUCAAAGCAAAAACUGGAGCUGAAGUCAACAGAAGCUGGCCCAAGGAUGAUGGUUGGGAAGCAAGUUGCCAGUAUUAUCAAGGCUCUGGAUUCGAAUUAUGGAGCUGUUUCACUGGUAGCAGAACCAGUCAACAUUGAAUGCAAAAAUUGUCCCUCACUCUUCCAGCACUGGAAUACUAUUAAAAAAAAGCUGGAACCAGAAAACCUUUCCAAAGCUGAUGCCGUGAGAGGCUUUUUAUCCUUUAUUGAGAACCUGAGGGGGGCUGCGAAAGAAGAGAUCCUUCAGAUCCUUAGAAGUGAAAGUAAUGCAACAGUACUCCCCCAGUUGGUCGAUGCUGUAGUCUCUGCGCAGACCUCAGCUUCUCUGGAGGCUAUGCUGGAAUUUUUGGAUUUCAAGAAUGAGACUAGCCCUCUCCUUCUGGAGCGGUUCCUCUAUGCCUGCGGACUUGCUUCUCACCCCAACGAGUUACUGCUGAAAUCUUUAAUAAAUAUACAUCGCAGCCCCAUCGGCAACAACGAAAUCAGAGAAACCAAUCUUAUCAUCGUUGGGGCUCUCAUCAGAAAGCUGUGUGACAGAGGAAGCUGCAAGCUGCCUGCUGUUAUGGAAGCCAAGAAACUGAUUUUGGGAGGCUUGAGCAGGACUGAAAAGGAGGAGGAUGUGAAGAUUUACCUACUAGCAUUAAAGAAUGCCCUUCUGCCUGAAGCUAUCCCACUGCUUUUGAAAUAUGCUGAGUCAGGAGAAGGACCGAUCAGCAAUGUUGCCGUCUCUACCCUUCAGAGAUACGACCCUGCUUUCCUCACCAGCGAGGUGAAGAAAAUAAUGAACAGAAUUUAUCACCAGAAUCAGAAAAUACACGAAAAGACGGUACGCACUACAGCAGCGUCCAUCAUCUUUAGCAGCAAUCCUUCCUACAUGGAAGUAAAAAAUCUCCUCCUCUCCAUUGGAGAACUGCCGCCAGAAAUGAAUAAAUACAUGCUUUCACUAGUCCAGGACCUUCUGCAUUUUGAAAAGCCUGCCAGCAAAAUGAUCCGCAGAGUUCUGAAGGACAUGUUCAUUCAUAACUAUGACCGAUUCUCGAAGAUGGGUUCUUCCUCAGCCUUCUCCGGGUACCUACUGCGUGACGCAGAUGUAGCAUCCACAUAUAGUCUUGACAUUCUCUACUCUGGUUCUGGCAUCUUGAGGAGAAGUAACAUGAAUCUCUUUAUUUUCAAUAAACGUGCUCAACUUCAUGCCAGUCAGGUAGUGAUUGAGGCUCAGGGUCUGGAAUCCAUUAUAGCUGCAUCUGCAGAUGAAGGUGAAGAAGAUCUGGAGUCCUUUGCUGGCAUGUCCGCAAUCCUGUUUGAUGUUCAACUUAGGCCUGUUACCUUUUUCCAUGGAUAUGGAGAUUUAAUGUCUAAAAUGUUCUCUGUCUCUGAUGACCCUGUACAUGUGGUGAAAGGACUCAUUCUUCUGAUGGAUCACUCACAGACUAUCCAGCUGCAAUCUGGGCUGACAUGUAGUACCGAGUUCCAGGGAGGCUUGUCUAUUGACAUUUCAGGUGCCCUGGAAUUUAGUCUUUGGUACAGAGAAUCCAAAACCACUGUUAAAACCCGGGGAAGCUUUGUGGUUGUUGGCAACAUAGCUGUGGACUCUUCCUUUGUGAAGGCUGGCAUGGAAACCAGUUAUGAAAUUGAAGCAUCACUGAAUGUGGUCACUACAGUUCAAUUUUCACAGUAUCCGUUUUUAGUCUGCAUAGAGGUGGACAAAAUCGGGACUCCAUUCAGGCAAUACAUAACCAAAUAUGAAAGCCUACCUUCAGGCAAACCUUAUACUUCCCGGAAAGGAAAAGCAAGGCUGCUAUCAGGUUCUCAAUACCCCCUUCACCAAGAGAAUUCCAACACAUGCAGACAAGUUUUCAGUGACCCGACUGAAUCCUCAGAAAGCUGGUUUUAAAGGUGGUGCUGGAUCUUUAAUUUUAGCAAAACCAUGGCGGAAGUAUGUUUUUUAAUGUACUGCACUAGCUUGGGGCCUGAAUCACAAUGUUCAAGUCCUUAAGAACUUUGCCAUCAACUUCAAGAGGCCUACUAGAAUCAAGACUCGAGUGGCUAUGCUGUCUGUGUUUACGUAUUUACAAAUAUUUAAGAGGGGUUUUUUUGUAGCAAGCAAAGGAAAAAAUACAACGUGAUGCAAUUCCAAGCACUCACUGAGUGUCCCUAUGGGGUUAAAAACAAAAACGCAUCUCUUAAAAUGGGGUAUAUAUUGGAAUCCAUGGCUCUGAUAGGCAGAUUGGAAAAAUUACACAGUAACGUAAUGAUUCUCUCUAAAUAUAUUUUGGCUGCAAUCUUCAGUCACCUUACUCCAAGGAAGACCCAUUGUCGAGGGAUUAUGGCAUUAGUGGUAUCCAUUUUUUAAAAGCCAAUGAUGAAAACAUACAGAAGUAUUCUAGAACUAGCCCAAAGAAUCAUGAUGUAACCCAAGAAAGAAUAUCUUUUGUUCAACCUGGCUGAACAAGAAUUGUACCAGAGCACAACUAUAUUCCUCUACCAUUCCUCUAAAUGUACAACUACCAUUGCUCUAAAUGGAGUUUGUGUAGAUACUCCUGGUGAAAGAUAUUUUUCAUUUGUAUGCUGUCGCAAUGCUUGUUUUUAAUUAGAACUCAAAGAAAGCCUCAGAGCUAAGACAAUAUAUGAAUAGAAUGUACAUAUUAGCACACAUAUUAUGAAAAAGGUAACAUGCUGUUUUUACUGGUGCUAUAUGAAGAGUUAUUUGGAUAUAGUUUUGCAAGUUAGCUUAGUAUUCCUUUUGUUUGUUUCUGGGUUGCUGGAUCAGAAAGCAGUUUACUGCUUUUAAGCAUUUUUUUUUGUCGUCAUAAAUUAUUUAUUUGUUUUUAAAAGGUACCUUGUAUAAAAGGGUUAGAUAUACUUGACAGAAGUUUUGAGAGGUUUUAGCAUGCAUAGCACACAACAAAAUUUUGCUCCUCUUCAAGCAAACAUUAGUGGAUACCAAUAUAGUGUAUAUUAGUGCUUUUAAAUACCAUCUUAAAAUGAUGUGACAUAUGAGAUGUGCUCGCAUGUCAUAAAAUUGGGCCAGAAGAUCUGAAAAUCUUAGAGCAGCAAGUAACCAUCCCCCCUAUUACUUUACGAUGAUCUUUUUGCCAAUAGGAUAGUCCCAUUAAGUUGGCCAUUGUAUGAAAUUUGAGCGUUCACAACGCAUCCCAUUUAUGCUAGAUUGUUUUUUGCUACGUUUUAUUUUUUUAGUUCCAUCAUUACAAAAUGUGAAAUGGAAAGAGUUUCUAAUUCAUUAAUAUAUAAUGAGCAAUUGUUACAUUAUCUCCACCCCACAUAUGGUAAUGGUUUUGCAUAAAAUCUCUUGUAAAUCUGC